AUGGCCGAGGUCGUAGGCCUAGCGGCAAGCGUCAUUGCCAUCGUCGAGCUCACAGCCAAGUUGGCCGGGUACUGCAAGUUCUACAUCGAGAAUGUCAAAGACGCACGGAAGGACCUCCGAAAGGUGCUGAUCGAGACAACGUCCCUUCAAGGCAUCGUCGAAAAUCUCUGGUUUCUCCUCGACCAUGACCCGGAUUUCGAAGAUGCUGAGCUGGGAGGCCUGGAUGCUGCAGAUGGGCCCAUCUCAGGCUGUCUCGAAUGCCUCAAACAACUCGAGAACCUCCGGCACAAAGCAACCAUGUCUCUCAUCAUUUGCGGCGAUAUAUCGCGAGAUGUUAAGGCUUUGAAGACUGAAGUGGCUAAGGUUUGUCAAAUGUUGACAGAUUCGGAGCGCAUGUCUUUCCUGAGUUGGUUAUGUUCAGUAAAUCCUUCCGAUCUUCGUAACCGGGCUUCUAGCCAGUAUCAAGAGGGCACUGGAAGCUGGGUUCUUCGGCACCCAGACUGGAACCAAUGGAUAGACUUGCGCAGCCAGCAUCCCCGGUGCCUCUGGAUUCACGGAAUUCCGGGCUCUGGCAAGACAGUUCUUGCGCCUUAUAUAUAUUCGCAACUCCUUUCAAUGCGGGCAUGUGGGCAGUUCGACGUGGCCCCCAUAACUGGAGCCAGGUCACCCAGAACAGCCCCCUCUCCUGGUUUGCUGCCACAAGUCAGCGCCGUCAGCGCCAAAGUCUGUCUGUCGCAUGUAUCUAUUACUACUGUCAUCACACACGACAUCACGACGAGGCACCGCAUUUCCUUCGCUGGGUAAUUAAUCAACUGUGUCGACAAUCAGAUGUUAUCCCGAGUGUGUUUGCUCAGCUCUAUCGCGAGAAUUGCCAGCCAAACCUUUCGCACCUGGUAUCAGCACUGGAGACGUGCGUGGAGCCAUACCAUGCCAUCUUCGUGGUUUUAGACGCCAUGGAUGAGAGCAUGGCAAAAGAAAGUCUGCUAUCUGUGGUUCAGGGUCUCGCAACGGACUUCCGUUUCGCAAAGAUACGCUGUUGCCAACCAGCAGAAUUUACCCCGACAUCACGGCAAUUAUGGCUGAGAUAUCCCGACCCCUGUCUUUGUCUAAUCCAUUCGUUGAGGAGGACAUACGCAAGUAUGUCGAGGGAGAUAUCGGGCGGCGAC